AUGUUCUCCCUCACUUCCCUCCUCGGUCUCCUGCUGGCUCUCCUCGGCUUCCAGCUCACCUCACUAUGCUCUGCCUUCCCCCUUGACAGCCUCCUCCAGCCCUGCCACAGCAACGGUGCCACCUGCGGCCCUUCUCUGUGCUGCUCCCAGCGGGGCUACUGCGGCAACACCUCCGACUUCUGUAACGUCCAGAUGGGCUGCCAGAUCGGCUGGGGAAACUGCUGGACCAACUCGUCGACUGCUGCUUCUGCUUCUGCUGCCGCUGCUGCUGUCACCACCUCCUCCCUGCUGCUGCCCGCGGUUUCAACAACGGAGCAGAUGUACGCCUCGGCAUCCAACAAUGACGGGAUGUGGCCGCCACAAGCACCUCCCAGUGCUAGCACCACCACGACUGCCUCAUGGACCGAAGUCAUCACCGUCACGGUCGGUGCCACGGAGGCCUCGCAGUCUGCCACGGUUGCUGUACCGACCACCCCCGUUCCAGCGGAGUUCGACAUCCCCUCACGCUCUCCACAGCUCAAACCGAUCCCUACCACAGUCGACAUGAAUGUCCAGACUGCCGCCUCCGCUGGCAAGGGUGGUCAUUAA